CGGCAGGGGGAGGGGGGGCUCGGAGCGGGGGGCGGGCGGGAGGCAGGGCGCCGGGGGAGCCCGGCGGAGGGGCCGGGGGCCGGGGAGAAAGCCGUGACGCGGGGGGAGCGGGCAGCCGGGGGGAAGGGCGAGGUUGUGGGGCGAGGCGGCGUGCGGCGGUCCUGUCCCUAUGCUGCGUCGUAGUUUAGUGGAAAAGGGAAGGGGCUAGAAAAGGGAACUAAUUUAAAAUAGCCUCUCGUCCCCGCUGGGGGUCGGUUCCCUCUCUGUGGGCUGUCUGUGCCAUUGUUGGGGGGGGGGAGUCUCUUGUGUGCAGAAGCAGCCUGAGGGGCUUAGCUGUGAGUGGGGGUGGGGGUGUGCGCCCCUCUUCUCUGCUUCACCUCUUCUGUUUUCCUUUUUUUUUUUUUUUUUUUUUUUUUCCCCCCCCCUUGGUGGGGACGGAACAGGAUGAGCUUGCAGAGUUUUACCGGAUUUUCUCAUUCCUUUCCGAGGAGCUACCGCUGCUGAAGCAGAUUUUUCCUUCCUUCCCUUUUUGUCUAAUGUAGAAUCCUAGUAGCUAGGCAGCCUCCCUCUUUUCUUCCUUCUACCUCCUCAGUAUGUAGGAAGGGAGAGACAUCAAUGGAAAGGCUGAAAUACAUGUAGAUGGACUUUCAAAUGCUUUUUUUUUGGGGGGGGGGGAAAGAGGAAGAUAGAUCCUAGUUGCCACUCACUUUUUUGUUGCUGUUGCAUUGCUUUGUAAAAAUGGGGUUCGCUUACUCCAGCUAAAUCCUCUGAGUUUUUUAGAGAGUUGCUGCAGUGAAGGACUUUUCAUAUUUUUUGCAUCAGAGGAGCUACCUUGAUGUUAACCUUUUUUUUGUAAAAUGGAGAACGAAAUAUUCACACCCCUUUUGGAGCAGUUUAUGUCUAGCCCUCUUGUCACCUGGGUUAAGACAUUUGGACCGUUAGCUGGAGGAAAUGGGACCAACCUGGAUGAGUAUGUGGUGCUAGUGGAUGGCGUGUUUCUGAACGAAGUCAUGCUGCAAAUCAAUCCAAAGUCUGCCAGCCAGAGAGUAAACAAAAAAGUCAAUAAUGAUGCAUCAUUGAGGAUUCAAAAUUUGUCAAUUUUGGUGAAGCAAAUAAAAACUUACUAUCAGGAGACUUUGCAGCAGUUGAUCAUGAUGUCUUUGCCAAACGUAUUAAUAAUUGGCAAAAAUCCUUUUUCUGAGCCAGGUACUGAAGAAAUAAAAAAACUCCUUUUGCUUUUGCUUGGUUGUGCAGUUCAGUGUCAGAAGAAGGAAGAAUUUAUUGAAAGAAUCCAAGGUCUGGAUUUUGACACAAGAGCAGCUGUUGCAGCCCAUAUUCAAGAGGUAACUCAUAAUCAGGAAAAUGUGUUUGAUCUGCAGUGGAUGGAUGUUAGUGUACUGACACAAGAAUAUGUUGAGCCUCUCUUGAAAAAUAUGGCGUUACAUUUAAAAAGACUUAUAGACGAAAGAGAUGAGCACUCAGAGACUAUCAUAGAACUCUCAGAAGAACGGGACUGUCUCCGUUUUCUACCUCAUGCAUCAGCAGCACAAUCACCUUGUGGAUCUCCUGGCAUGAAACGCACUGAAAGCAGACAGCACCUGUCAGUAGAGCUAGCAGAUGCCAAAGCAAAGAUAAGAAGGCUUAGGCAAGAGCUGAUUCAUCAGUGGCAAUUGUCUGGUGGUGCUAUAAGUGAGGAAAAGACUGAGCAGUUGCUUGACUGUAAACAAGAACUUGAACAGAUGGAAGCUGAGUUAAAGAGAUUUCAACAAGAGAAUAUGAAUUUACUCUCAGAUGCCCGGUCUGCCAGAGUGUACAGAGAUGAGUUAGAUGCUCUUCGUGAGAAGGCAAUUCGAGUGGACAAGCUUGAAAGUGAAGUCAGCCGAUAUAAAGAGAGACUGCACGAUAUUGAAUUCUACAAAGCUAGAGUGGAGGAGUUAAAGGAGGACAAUCAAGUGUUGCUAGAAACAAAGACAAUGUUGGAAGAUCAAUUAGAGGGGACCCGAGCCCGUUCUGAUAAAUUACAUGAGUUAGAAAAAGAGAAUCUGCAAUUAAAAGCUAAAUUACAUGAUAUGGAGAUGGAGCGUGAUAUGGACAGAAAAAAGAUUGAGGAACUCAUGGAGGAAAAUAUGACUCUAGAAAUGGCUCAGAAACAAAGUAUGGAUGAAUCAUUGCAUCUUGGCUGGGAACUUGAACAGAUAAACAGAACUACUGAACUUUCUGAAGUACCACAGAAGUCACUUGGUCAUGAAGUAAAUGAACUGGCAUCAAGCAGAUUACUGAAGCUGGAAAUGGAAAACCAAAGUUUACUGAAGACAGUGGAAGAACUACAAAACGCAGUAGGUUCUGAGGAAGGCAGUAGUUCAAGAAUACUGAAAAUGGAGAAAGAAAACCAAAGACUUAGCAAAAAGCUUGAAGGGCUAGAGAAUGAAAUUAGCCAAGAGAAACAAAGUCUCCAGAAUAGUCAAAAUUUGAGUAAAGAUCUAAUGAAAGAGAAAGCACAACUUGAAAAGACACUUGAAGCACUACGAGAAAACUCAGAGCGGCAAAUCAGGCUAUUAGAACAAGAAAAUGAACAUUUGAAUCAAACUGUAGCUUCUCUAAGACAGCGCUCACAAAUCAGUGCUGAAGCAAGAGUGAAAGAAAUUGAAAAAGAAAAUAAAAUUCUUCAUGAGUCUAUUAAGGAGACCAGCAGUAAGUUAAAUAAGAUUGAAUUUGAAAAAAAACAAGUCAAGAAAGAACUGGAACACUAUAAAGAGAAAGGGGAAAGAGCAGAAGAACUUGAGAAUGAGUUGCAUCAUCUGGAGAAAGAAAAUGAAUUAUUACAGAAAAAAAUUACCAACUUAAAAAUUACUUGUGAGAAGAUAGAGGCCUUAGAACAAGAAAACUCCGAUCUGGAAAUGGAAAACAGAAAGCUGAAAAAAACUUUGGAUAGCCUAAAAAAUCUCACAUUUCAAUUAGAAUCCUUAGAAAAGGAGAAUUCGCAACUUGAUGAAGAAAAUUUAGAAUUAAGAAGAACAAUUGAAUCUUUGAAGUGUACGAGCAUUAAAGUGGCACAGUUGCAACUAGAAAAUAAGGAACUGGAAAGUGAAAAGGAGCAACUGAAAAAAAGCCUUGAACUCAUGAAAGCCUCAUUUAAGAAAACUGAACGUUUAGAAGUCAGCUACCAAGGUCUAGACACAGAAAACCAAAGGCUACAGAAAGCCCUGGAAAACAGUAACAAGAAGAUUCAGCAGUUAGAAAGUGAAUUACAAGAUUUAGAGUCUGAAAAUCAGACUCUGCAAAAGAACUUAGAAGAAUUAAAAAUCUCUAGUAAGCGCCUAGAGCAAUUGGAAAAGGAAAAUAAGUUGUUAGAACAAGAGACUUCCCAACUGGAGAAAGAUAAGAAACAGCUAGAAAAAGAAAAUAAAAGGCUUCGACAGCAAGCAGAAAUUAAAGAUAGUACUUUAGAAGAAAACAAUAUAAAAAUUAGUAAUCUGGAAAAGGAAAAUAAAUCUCUAUUUAAAGAAAUAGUUGUAUAUAAAGAGUCAUGUGUACGUCUGAAAGAACUAGAAAAGGAAAAUAAAGAACUUGUGAAAAGAGCUACCAUUGAUAAGAAAACUCUUGUCACCUUAAGAGAGGACUUGGUGAAUGAAAAACUGAAGGCCCAACAAAUGAACAAUGAUCUAGAAAAACUUGCCCAUGAACUUGAAAAAAUAGGCUUAAAUAAAGAGCGUCUCUUGCAUGAUGAACAGAGCAGUGAUGACAGUAGGUACAAGCUUCUGGAAUCAAAAUUGGAAUCUACACUUAAGAAGUCUCUUGAAAUAAAAGAAGAAAAAAUUGCUGCUUUGGAGGCUCGUUUAGAAGAAUCAACAAAUUUAAACCAGCAGCUCCGUCAGGAACUUAAAACAGUGAAAAAGAACUAUGAAGCCCUCAAGCAAAGACAGGAAGAGGAAAGGAUGGUUCAGAAUUCUCCUCCAAGAAGUGGAGAAGAAAAUCAGUCUGUCAAUAAAUGGGAGAAAGAAAAUCAGGAAACUACUAGAGAAUUAUUGAAAGUUAAAGAUAGAUUAAUCGAAGUAGAAAGGAAUAAUGCUACACUGCAGGCAGAGAAACAAGCACUGAAAACGCAGUUAAAGCAACUUGAGACACAGAACAGUAAUCUGCAGGCUCAGAUUCUUGCACUUCAGAGACAGACUGUUUCUCUACAGGAACAAAAUACAACUCUACAAACUCAAAAUGCCAAGCUUCAGGUUGAAAAUUCCACCCUUAACUCUCAGAGUACAUCUCUUAUGAAUCAGAAUGCACAACUGUUGAUCCAGCAGUCGGCUUUAGAAAAUGAAAAUGAAUCUCUACUCAAGGAGCGUGAGGAUCUGAAAUCAUUGUAUGAUUCACUUCUCAAAGAUCAUGAAAAACUGGAACACCUGCAUGAACGCCAAGCAUCUGAGUAUGAAUCUCUGAUUGCUAAACACGGAAACCUUAAAUCCGCACACAAAAAUCUGGAGGUGGAGCAUAAGGACUUAGAAGAUAGGUACAAUCAGUUGCUGAAACGGAAAGUACAAUUAGAAGAAUUGGAGAAAGUACUCAAGACAGAACAGGAGAAGAUGCUGCAACAGAAUGAAAAACAUGAAACUGUAGCAGCAGAGUAUAAAAGACUUCGUGAUGAAAAUGAUAGGCUUACUCAUACAUAUAGUCAGCUCUUGAGAGAGAAUGAAGUUCUUCAAACUGAUCAUAAGAAUUUGAAAACAUUAUUGAACAAUUCCAAAUUAGAACAAACACGGUUAGAAGCUGAGUUUUCUAAACUCAAAGAACAAUACCAACAACUUGAUAUUACAUUUACAAAACUGAAUAAUCAAUGUGAGUUGCUUAGCCAGCUUAAGGGAAAUCUGGAGGAGGAAAACAGGCAUUUACUAGAUCAAAUUCAGACAUUAAUGCUACAGAAUAGAACAUUACUUGAGCAAAAUAUGGAAAGCAAGGAUCUCUUCCAUGUAGAACAAAGACAGUACAUUGAUAAGCUAAAUGAAUUGAGGCGACAGAAGGAGAAAUUGGAGGAGAAGAUAAUGGAUCAGUAUAAAUUUUAUGAGCCAUCACCCCCAAGAAGAAGAGGCAACUGGAUUACUCUGAAAAUGAGGAAGCUGAUAAAGUCUAAGAAAGAUGUUAACCGUGAACGUUUGAAGUCUCUGACCCUCACGCCUACCCGUUCAGAAUCCAGUGAAGGAUUUCUUCAGCUGCCCCACCAGGACAGUCAGGAUAGUUCCUCAGUGGGCUCAAACUCUCUUGAAGAUGGUCAGACGCUGGGGACCAAAAAGAGUAGUAUGGUUGCACUGAAAAGACUGCCCUUUUUGAGGAACAGACCGAAGGAAAAAGACAAAAUGAAGGCCUUCUACCGUCGCUCCAUGUCCAUGAAUGACCUGGUGCAAUCCAUGGUCCUAGCAGGAGGACAAUGGACAGGUAGUUCUGAGCAUCUGGAGGGUCCUGAUGAUAUAUCUACGGGUAAAAGGAGAAAGGAAUUGGGAGCUAUGGCCUUCUCUACUACAGCUAUCAACUUUGCAACUGUCAACUCUUCUACAGGCUUCAGAUCCAAGCAGUUGCUAAAUAAUAAAGAUACUACAUCCUUUGAAGAUGUAAGUCCACAAGGUAUUAGUGACGAUUCUAGUACAGGAUCAAGAGUUCAUGGAGUACAGGACAUUUACUGUGCAGAUGCUCUUGCUCCUCCUGUUCGUGGCAUUUCAACAAUAUGCAGGGUUCCUUGUCAGAUCUGUUCUUCCAGACCAGCCAGCCUUGAUAGUGGCAGAACAUCCACUAGCAAUAGCAAUAACAAUGCUUCACUCCAUGAAGUCAAAGCAGGUGCAGUUAACAAUCAAAGCAGGCCACAAAGUCACAGCAGCGGAGAAUUUAGUCUGCUACAUGAACAUGAGGCUUGGUCUAGCAGCAGCAGCAGUCCUAUUCAGUACUUGAAAGGUUAUACCAGGUCUAGUCCUGUGCUCCAGCAAAGAAUGCCUGAAACCCUGGAUAGUCGUGGAAAACAGAUCAAAACUGGUUCUCCUGGAAGUGAAGUUGUUACCCUACAACAGUUUUUAGAAGAAAGCAACAAGAGUACCUCAAGUGAGAUAAAAUCUGCAAGUGAAGAGAAUCUUUUAGAGGAAGUAAUGAAAAGCUUAUCUGAAUCUGCUGAUUUGACAGGCAAGGAAAAACUAAGAAAACAGCCAUCAGCCAGUUGUGGUAUUGUGAGGUCAUUAAGUGUAAAAAAUACAGUUGAUUUCUCAGAUGGACGAUCUAUUAAACCAGAACAACUUGUAAGGCCCAGCCUUCGUAAAACUGAAGAUAACUAUUUUACUAGCUCUCCAAUAAAAUUUACAUCAGGUACUCAAGGGAAGGUCAAACCAGUUAAGGAAAAGAUACAAGCAACAGUAUCACAGCGGCAAUCAAAAGAUUGCAAUCCUUAUGCUACCUUACCUCGUGCAAGCAGCGUGAUUUCUACAGCAGAAGGAACUACUCGAAGGACCAGCAUUCAUGAUUUUUUGUCCAAGGACAAUAGGCAACCUGUGUCAGUUGAUCCAGCACCAUCUACUGCUGACAGAAGUGUUUCAUCAACAUCUAAUGUGGAAGCUAUACCAGAAAGCAGAAAUGCAAAAAGCAGGUCUAGGGAGCAACAAAGCUCCUAAUUCUAUUACCCACUACAUGAGAUGUGGGCCAAGUGAGAGAAAAGUGUCCUUCAGUAUCUCAAUAUGAAGCCUUUAUUUCUGAAGUAACAAGACAGCGACUGUAGGAAUCAUUAAUAAAAAUUAAGGGAAUUUUUUACAAUUCUUCGUGACUAGAGCAGGCAAGAAAUAAAAACCAACCUACCUUCCUUCCUUCCUUGAAUCAAGGAGCUCUACUGGAGUCUACUGCCGAAAAUUGUUAGAUGGUCUUAGGAAUUUAUUGCACAUUGCACUGUUAAGAUCUACUGAAUAAAGGACAGUUCUCAUCUCCCUAAGGACCAUGAAUUUUAAGGUCUCAAGAAUUGCUCCAGGAAAAAAAAUACUUCUUUCUCCUUCUGUUUAUGAAAUUAGCCACUGAUUUGCUUAAGCUUCUGCUAAUAAUUAGCCAAAAAACCCAUAACUAGCAGUUUAUAUUUAGUUCUGUAAAUCUGAAAUAAAUGCUGUAGUAUUUUGUUGAAAUUGACUGUAUAUACAGAUACAAAAACCUCACAGCUUACUGGCACUUCACUGCCUUAUUUGGUUAGCAUAAUCCGCAUGAAAUUGCUCUUAAAAAAAAAAAAAAAAAAAGUUUAUGCUGUUUUGUUUCUUUGCAUACCGCAAGAGAAAAACCUGUUUACAUAUGUGAAAAAAUUCAAUAACUAACAAAAAUGGGAGUUAUGGAAUAUCACAUUAUAUAGAAAUUAAUGUUUGUCACUUGUGUUCUUCACAUUCCCAAGUUAUUCUGCGUAUAUAUGUUCAGAUGUUUUUGAGAGGAAAUGGUCAGGUAUGAUUUUUCUAUAACUUUUUUUAAUAUAAGGUUGCUUUCAACAAAUGGCAUUUCCAGGGUAAAAAUUGUCUUAUGAUGUUUGUGUGCUAACUAAUCUCUUUUUUUAUUGUUUGUCUUUCGACAUGAGCUGAUUGUGGCUUAGGAGAUUUCUUGACGGCAAAAAGAAAUGUGAAUAAUAUCGUAUGCAUUUUACAAUCAGUUCCCUUAAGGUUAUCUUUUAUUAGUAAGAUCUGUUUGUUAAUGAUUUACAUUAAAGUCAACAAAUGUUAUUGGUACUUUUAAUGCUUGUAUACAUUUGUUGUCUUGAAAACAUUUGCAGAGAGCUCAAAGGAAGCAUACAUGAACUUAAAAAAGCAGAUCCAAAAUCUCAUUAACUAUCACAAUUUUAUUUUAUUACAAAUCAAUAAGCACAUAUAGCUAUUUUUAUUUUAAAGGUUUAAGUUAAUGGUGUAACCUCCUAGUGUCCAGUCUUCCAAACAGGCACAUACAUAACUUUAACCUACAACCAUCUCCAUUCGCCUAAGUGAAGGUAAGCAUGACAAUAAAUAUUUGUAGAACUAGGGUUACAGACUACUUGUCAAUUUAAUCACAGUACUGCUUUGACAGUGUGAUAGAGCUGCUACAAUUUCUUUAACUUAAUAUUAACUUGGGUUUUGAGGCUUUCGGUUUUUAAGAUGUAUAAAGUCUCAAGCUGUCAGGGAAUAAUUGGAACAGAAUCAUCUUUCACUAGAGAAUGCAGUUCAACAGAUAUAAAAGCAUCCUGGCAACUCAUUUUGAUUGAACUGAAAUUUUGUCGGGGGGGGGGGGAGAGGAAAGUUCAGUCAGCUUUAGAAGGGGAAAUUCUUUUUAUUUCAUUUUUUCUUAAGGUGACUUCAUUAUGAACCUUUUUUUUUUUCCUGAUAGAAAAUGUCACAAGUUCUAAAUCAAAACAAUAUUUUAACACUAUAAACGUUUGUUCAGCCUGCGGCUUUUUCAUGGAGAAUGUAAACUUUUUUUUCCUUAAGUGAAAACAAGACAAAUUUUGCAGCUCUCUACCAUAUAGAAUUUCCAUUCUUUGUACAUCUCUGAAGACAUUUCUGGUAUUUUAUUAAAUCCAUGGGUUCAUUUUGAUUGCCAGCUCAUACAGGUAUCUAGUUCUGCUCCCCUUAUUCUCAGUGUCAGAUUCUCACUGAUUUCAGUGGAAGCAUCCUGAGCUUUGCAGGGAGGGUAUCAACACUUGGAGGGUAUCAGCCCUUAGCCAAGCAAUCCUGUGAGUGGUCAGAAGCCCAGAGCACUCCUGAAAUUGAGCACUCUUCAGCCAUGAUAUUUUUAUAAGCAGCUUGAUAUCAGUUGCAUAUGAAUUAAUUCCCUAUGUGGUAACUGAUAUCAUGACCUUUCUGAGAAGGAUUCAGGGCAUUCCAGCCUGUUGAGUGACAGCUACAGGAUGUCUUCAGAAGGGCAGGUGAGAUGCAUGGCAGUGGCUAGAGCAGGUAUAUACUACAGGUAAUCCAGGUGUUCCUGAAUGUAUUUAAAGCUCAGGGCAUAGGUGAGUUUUUCCCACAAUACCAAAUGAGCUAGACAUAGGCCUGACAUGCUCUAGGAGAAAAGUAUUAUAAGCAAUAAGAAUUUUGUGUUAAGCCUGAUUUCUGUGCCAUUCCUGUACUGCAAUGAAAGCAUAGCCAUAAAGACUGAAGGAAAAGCUGCCUUUAUGUAAUUUAGUGGACAUAUGAAAUCUGUAAUGACAUUAGCCCUUAUUAAAAAGAUAACUGUUAUGAAAGCGAAUUCAAAUACCCUGAAUAUUAGGAAAACAUUUCUGAUUCUAAAUUUUCAUACUUCCAGACUUAUUUCAGGGUCUAAUUGUUCCUGGAUGCUUUUAGCUCUCCUUGAAAACAUUGAGGAGUGAUACAUUUCAAACUAUUAAACCCUAACUUACUAAUAGUGUCACUGUCUUUAGAAGAGCAUACAUGUCCUGAAUGAACAGAUUUAAACUUGUGCCAAAUGCUGUUUGUAUUCAUGGAAUCUGUGAAGUUGUGUGUGCUUAGAUGUAUCAGAUAGUUAAAGAGCCUGGGAAAGUAUGUGAGAAUGGCAUCUGGCUGUGACUGUUGCAUGGCACUUGGUGUCAUGAUUUUCUGUGAGAAACACUGUUGGGUGCACUUAAGCUUCUGUGCUCACCAUAUGUGGCUCUGUCAUUUUUCUCAACAUGGGCAUCUCCUGGCUUUUCAUUUAUUUAACUCUUUUCUGUAUUCAUUAAGUUGCUCAGGAUUGCCUGUCACAAUUUCCUACAUUUGUUUUUGCAUAUUAUUACACCUUCUUAAAACAUCUGUGCAAUCACUGCCAGGGUUUAGAUACAAAUGAUAUUGUUACUUUUAAGCUGAUAAUGUGUAUUAGAAGUGAAAUCCUCUCAUUAAAAAAUAUGUUUCCCCAUAUGAAAGACAGAGAGAGAGGCAGUGGAAUUCAUCCUUAAACCUCUUGUUAGGUCAGAGUUCAGCACAGGUCAGAUGUGUGUGCUGGAGUCUUGACUAUUGUCUCUCUGUGCCACUGUAAGCAGGUUUCGAGCCACUUUAUCCACAUCAGUAUGGAGGACAGAGCUGGUUUUUGAUUUGUAUUCAGUAAGUUAGCCAAAGGCAGCACAAGGACACACUUGCAUUUAGGAGAUGGAAAUCUACUUCUCCCAGCACUGUCUUCUGCAAAGCAGUUCCAGAGCAGAGGAGCAGUCAGGAGGUUCUCCAUGGUCUGAUGGGUUUUUUUUUUCCUUUUUUGAACUGUACAAAACGUAUGUAAAGCAUUUAAUCUUUUCAGUCUAUGCUCUUCCAAAAAAUAAAUAAAUAAAUAAAUAAAUUUAAUUUGGAAGACGCUUCACCUUUUCUGAAACAAACUCCCAGGGGAGUAACACAGCAGCUCUUGGGCAGCUUACAGUAAAACUGCACAGCAGUUUACAGCAAGAAUUGCCAGAUCUGUCACUGUUAGUUCAACAUAAUGAGAUGUUGUGAUACCAGACAGUAUAUAAUUUUCAUUUACUUUUCUGAUAGAGCUUAGUCUGCUGGGGAUUCGGUAGCAUUCCUGGCAUGUAUUAUUUUUAGCUUUUUUCAAGACAUGAUGCAGCCUCAACAAAGGAGCUCAUGUAUGAUUCUUAGAGGUAAAUGAUAAUGCAUAUGUAAAUAAUACUUUGAUAUUAAUAAAACUGCCUUAAAGGAAUGUACCUAGGUGUGAAACAGAACUUUAAAAGCUCUUAUUUAAAACUGUAAUUUCCUUUAAGUAUUGAUUGAGGAAUUUUUUAAUGUUUACCAUUGUAUACAUUUAUUAAUAUGUUAUUAAAAUGCCAAACCAAAUAAUUAUUCUUUUUUUAUGUGUGUACAUUUAUACACACUUUUUCUGGAAACUGAUGUUACUGGAAGGAUGUUGGUGUUGAGUAAUGGCUUUGUGGUCAGUUGGUAAUGUGUUCAGUAUUUCUUCUGGAAGGAAGCCUAUAAAACUGUAGCAGAA